AUGUCUUCAUGGUGUGGAGAACCUGCUGCUAUUACUUUAGAUUUUCCACCGUUAAAGGCUUCAUCAUCACUCACCAAUAAAUUACACAAUACCAGUCUCUCCCGAGCGAAAUAUCUUUCCUUAACAAAGACUUUAUUUCGAUCGAAUUUAUGCACGACGGGCAGUUUGAGACAGGAUCAGAAUUUUAUAAUGCAAAUGGUAGAGAAGAAUUCAUACAUUCUUGGCCAUGCCUAUGCUAAUGGAAAAAGGUAUAUUCAUAAUCUUUAUCGGAAUACUCCAGAGAAUUAUGGAAUUGAACAAACUGUGAAUCAACAACAAGAGGAUGAAUCAAAGGAGAGAGCGCUCAAGUUGAUAGAGGAAUAUUGUGUAAACUAUGUAAAACUGAGUGAAACGUUAAAAAACGAUAUUGAUAUUUGUUUGGCUUGUUUGAGGAAUAAUGGAUUUUAUUAUGUUUUUCAAAAUUCACAAAAUAGUCAAAAUAAGGAGCUUAUUGAGAGAGCAGUUAGAGAGAUUUCAGAAUUAACCUUUUUUAUGCAAAGCAUUGUGAUAAAGCUUUAG